UUGUAACUAGAAGCCAUCUGAAUGCUAAGCCAGGGCAGAAUGCUUGUGAAGUAGCAAGUAAAGUAGCAGUGUUUAUUCUGUAAUUCUCAGGCAGCCAGACUGUCUUAGGCAAAUCUUGAUAAAAUAGCCUUUAUCCAGGAUUUUAUCUAAGGAAUCCCAAGAAGACUGGAGAAUGGAGAGACAGCAAAGGUUUAUGUCAGAGAAGGAUGAGUAUCACUUUCAACAUCAGGGAGCCGUGGAGCUGCUUGUCUUUAAUUUUUUGCUCAUCCUUACCAUUCUGACAAUCUGGUUAUUUAAAAAUCAUCGAGUCCGCUUUUUGCAUGAAACUGGAGGAGCGAUGGUGUAUGGUCUCAUAAUGGGAUUAAUUUUACGAUAUGCUACAGCACCAACUGACAUUGAAAGUGGAACUGUCUAUGACUGUGGAAAAUUGAACUUCAGUCCAUCAACUCUUCUGAUUAAUAUCACUGACCAAGUUUAUGAAUAUAAAUAUAAGAGAGAAAUAAGCCAGCAUAACAUCAGUCCUCAUCAAGGCAAUGCUAUACUUGAAAAGAUGACAUUUGACCCAGAAAUCUUCUUCAAUGUUUUAUUGCCACCAAUUAUAUUUCAUGCAGGAUAUAGCCUAAAGAAGAGACACUUUUUUCAAAACCUAGGAUCUAUUUUAACAUAUGCCUUCUUGGGAACUGCCAUCUCCUGUAUAGUCAUAGGGUUAAUUGUGUAUGGUUUUGUGAAGGCUAUGAUAUAUGUUGGUCAGCUGAAAAAUGGAGACUUUCAUUUCACUGACUGUUUAUUUUUUGGUUCACUGAUGUCAGCUACAGAUCCAGUGACAGUGCUGGCCAUUUUCCAUGAGUUACACGUCGACCCCGACCUGUAUACGCUCUUGUUUGGGGAGAGUGUGUUCAAUGAUGCAGUGGCCAUAGUCCUCACAUAUUCCAUAUCCAUUUACAGCCCCAAAGAGAACCCAAAUGCAUUUGACACUGCGGCAUUCUUCCAAUCUGUGGGGAAUUUCCUGGGGAUCUUCACCGGCUCCUUUGCAAUGGGGUCUGCAUAUGCUGUUGUCACAGCACUGUUGACCAAAUUCACCAAGCUGUGUGAGUUCCCGAUGCUGGAAACAGGCUUGUUUUUCCUCCUUUCUUGGAGUGCCUUCCUGUCUGCUGAGGCUGCCGGCCUAACAGGGAUAGUUGCUGUUCUCUUCUGUGGAGUUACACAGGCACAUUAUACCUACAACAAUCUUUCAUCGGAUUCCAAAAUGAGAACUAAACAGUUGUUUGAAUUUAUGAACUUUUUGGCUGAGAAUGUCAUCUUCUGUUACAUGGGCCUGGCGCUGUUCACCUUCCAGAAUCAUAUUUUUAAUGCUCUUUUUAUACUCGGAGCCUUUCUAGCAAUUUUUGUUGCCAGAGCCUGCAACAUAUAUCCCCUCUCCUUCCUCCUGAAUCUGGGACGAAAACAGAGGAUCCCCUGGAACUUUCAGCACAUGAUGAUGUUUUCAGGUUUGAGGGGAGCAAUCGCAUUUGCCUUAGCUAUUCGAAAUACAGAAUCUCAGCCCAAACAGAUGAUGUUUACCACCACGCUGCUCCUCGUGUUCUUUACUGUCUGGGUGUUUGGAGGAGGGACGACCCCUAUGCUCACUUGGCUUCAGAUCAGAGUUGGUGUGGAUCUGGAUGAAAAUCUGAAGGAGGAGCCGUCCUCAAACCAGGAAGCAAAUAGCUUGGAUAAAAGCCUGACAAAAGCAGAGAGUGCCCGGCUCUUCAGGAUGUGGUAUGGCUUUGACCACAAAUAUCUGAAACCAAUUUUAACCCACUCUGGUCCUCCACUGACCACCACACUACCAGAAUGGUGUGGUCCGAUCUCCAGGCUCCUCACCAGUCCUCAGGCCUAUGGGGAACAGUUAAAAGAGGAUGACGUGGACUGCAUUGUGAACCAGGACGAACUAGCCAUGACUUUUCAGGAGCAAACCUCCACACCCUGCAGUCCUCCUCCAGGGCCAGAUCUGGACCAUAAAGCUUCACCCCAGACUUCAAGCAAAGAAAAUAUCUAUGAGGGAGACCUGGGCCUAGGAGGCUAUGAACUCAAGCUUGAGAAGUCUCCAGGCCAAUCCCAGACAAAUUAAUUGGCAUGAAGAGUACAGAUGUAAUCCCAAGUAGGGCAAGGCACACUAAGGACCACAAGCCAAGAUGACGAGGCCAUGUAGGGGAGAGGCUGGAAAAUGUAUUAAGAGCAUACAUUGGAGAUAAUCAAAACCUUGUCUGGUGCCUGCAGAAAUGAGAAUUUAUUAUCAUCCUUCUGUAUUAUGCAGUUGAAUUUAAAAGCAGCCAUUUUUACUGCUGGACUGGGUGGGGUGGGAAAGGGACAUCAGGAACCAAAUGUGCUGGUACAGGGCAUAUCCAUUCCGUGGACAGCUCUCCAGGCCCUUUGCUUGGAUUCUGAAUUUUAUUCCUUUCAUUAAGGAGAGUUAAAAACAAGAAAAAGAGCUUCUGAACAUAAGCACAUUUUGCCUACCUUGAAGGGAAGGUCUACUUGUUUAGUAAGUGAUAAGUUUUAUAUUUUUAGGACUUGACUCCCUCUUGCUCUAAACGCCUCCUGGGACUUUGUACAGAUCCAGGGAAGUGUUCAGUGCCCACUUCUGAUGGCAUCAUAGAACCUGCACAGAAUUGGGAACCUAUAGUUCUAGUUGGCAUCCUUUUCACACUGCUCCUGCCCUUGUCGAAGGGAUCAUGCACAGCAGGGUGUGCUUUUACUAAAUGCACUGUCACUUUCUGGCUGGCUGGGAACCCUUGCAGGGAAAGCUGGUUUCUUUCCAACAUGAUGUUAUACCUGCAGAAUGAGCCUUCCUUCCUUACUUGCUUCCACUUCUUGGCUCUGCAGUGAGGCCCUCCUGUAUGCCGGGUAAUAAGAUUUCACUGCAAUAAUUGCUCUCCACGUGGCAGGAAACUGUGUGUGAACCCCAGCCUGUCCCCCAGUGCAAAACUCACAGCUGGUUAGCAGCACCAGAGAGGGGCUGGUAAUGAAUGGGUCAUCCCAAGGAGCCAGGGAGAAGACAUCACAAUUGCCUCUUACGAGGCAUGGCUCAUGGGCCAUGUUGGAGAGAACAACACAAUAGCUUUUAAUUCUGGUGCAUGGCCUGUGCCUUUGAAGCCAGAAGAUACCUCAAGCCUAGCUUCUCUUGAAACACAGAUGUUAAUAGUAGACUCCAGGCUUGGCAUGGUGGUGCAUGCCUGUAAUCCCAGCACUCAGGAGGCUGAGGCAGGAGAAUCACUACAAGUUCGAGGCCAGCCUGGGCUACAUAGUGAAUUCAAGACCAGCCUGAACUCUUCUUUUUUUAAAAAAAAGAGAGAGAGAAAGAGAGAGAGAGAGGGAGAAUAGUAGACUCCAAAAAGCAAGCUCCAUUUGAGCGAGGCAGAGAAUGAUGCCUUCCUUAAUCCCAGUGUUUAAAUUAAUGUAUGCUUUGAGUACCACUUGUUAGGCCUUAAACAUUAACUGUGGUGGUAUUGGGCAUACUGCUGUGUGCAUCAGUUUUCUUGCUUUCCAAAUAGUAGAUUCUGGGGGAACAAAUUGUUUUAUACUCAACUAAGUAUAGUCUUGUCAUUCCAGGUAAAAAUGACAAGUGGGGAAGCAUGAUGUUUUUUAAUUUCACUUAAUCCUAAUAAAAUUUUGUUAUUACAUGUGAUUGAUUUGGCUAAUGGUUUAUUCAAGACAUCUUCUUUGUCCGGGCUAAGUGGCAGCUCUGGGUGAAGUGGGUACCAAAAGCUAACAUGAGGGAGAUGCAGGGGGUUCCAGGAUCCAGGCACAGCCAGAGUGGCUGGUGCAACAAGACACUAAGGAAUGAAGAAGCAGCGUUGGGCUAGGAGGAUUCCCCAGAGAAGGGAAACGGAGUCAAACAGAGUGGCAUAACUUCUUCCUUCUCACUGGAGGUGACCAGACUUUAUGAAGAGCUAUAAAAUUAGAUGGAGGAAACACUAAAGGAUGAAGGAAAGAAGGGCAGAAAAUAAGGAUUCAUCUUGUUUCUGCCUCCAGAAGGUAAAAGGAAUUUUUUAUUUCUUUAUUUUGUAUGAAGGAAGACAUAACAGGAAAAGAGAUUCCUCCCCACAAAAAAACAAACAUUACUGGAGGCAGAAGUGGAGAAGAGAGGGAGAAAUAUGACUUAGAACAUGGAC